CCUAUCUAUAGUUCUCUCUCUCUCACACAAAACCCUUUUUAAUCUCUCGCAGGCAGAUCUAAAAAAAACACUCUCCACCAUUUCGUUUUACCUCUGUUAACCCCUCUAUAAAUCUCAAUUCCUUCAUCUUCUCCCAUAGAUCUGCUCUACUCUCGAUUUGAUAACGUAGAGACACACAGAAGAGAGACUUCGUAUUCUCAAUCCAGUUUCUUUUUUGCCGAUUCGAUCUUCUUCUGAUCUUUUCAAGGGUUUUGUUUACAAUCCAGAUCUUGGGUUUGUUUCUUUGAGCUCUUACUAGUGUUGAAAUAAUGGCGACUCCUUAUCCUGGAGCGACGCAGGUGGGUUCGUACUUUGUUGGGCAGUAUUAUAAAGUGUUGCAGCAGCAGCCAGAUCUUAUUCAUCAGUUUUACUCAGAGUCUAGUAGAGCUAUUCGUAUCGAUGGUGAUGCCACCGAGACUGCUAAUUCUUUGCUGCAUAUUCACAACAUGGUCAUGUCACUUAAUUUCACUGCGAUUGAAGUGAAGACGAUCAAUUCAGUCGAGUCGUGGGAAGGUGGUGUUCUCGUGGUGGUUUCGGGAUCUGUUAAAACCAAGGAGUUCAGCAACAGAAGGAGUUUUGUGCAGACCUUUUUCCUCGCUCCUCAGGAAAAGGGUUAUUUUGUUCUCAAUGAUGUCUUUCAGUUUGUUGAUGAGGAAACUGUUUACUAUCAUCAGCCUUCUUAUAUAACUGAAACCAAGCAUGAGGCUCAUAUCAAUCCUCCUUCCCCUCAUCAGGAACCCCAAGUUCCUGACUAUGUUCUGGAGCAAGAGGCAAGAGAUUAUGUGAAUGCAGUUCAAAUCAAAGAUGAUCUUGUUGACAAGUACAGUCUGCAAGAGGACCAACAUCAACCUCAGCAAGAAGACUAUGUCGAUGAAGUUGCGAUUGUGGAAACACCUAGGGAAGAAGUUGCAGUUGAUGUGGUACAUGAACAUCGGGCUGCACCAGCAGAGGAACCCAUUGAAAAAUCAAAGAUGAGUUAUGCUUCCAUUUUAAAGGUUGCAAAGGAAGCAGCAGCUGCACCUGUUGCCCCUUCACAGCCAUCAUAUAACAAGAACUCUCAAGAUAUUAAUGAGUGGGAUCAACCACUGCGGACUCCUUCCCCUCAGCUGGCUGCACCUCUUGCCCCUGUUCAGCAAUCAAAGGCAUCUGCCCCCUAUGUUACUGAAUAUGGAGCAGACGCAGAAGAUGGCUCCGGAUUUGAAGACUUUGAGUUCAAAUCAGUGUAUGUUAGGAAUUUGCCGUCCGACAUAUCUGCUUCUGAAAUCGAGGAAGAGUUUAAGAACUUUGGUACAAUCAAGCCUGAUGGUGUUUUCCUCAGAACCCGCAAGGAUGUUAUGGGCGUUUGCUAUGCAUUUGUUGAGUUUGAGGAAAUGACUUCCGUUGAGAAUGCCAUUAAGGCUUCUCCUAUAUACUUGGGUGGAAGGCAAGUAUACAUUGAGGAACGAAGACCUAAUCCAGCCGGUGUUCGCGGAGCUAGAAGAGGAGGAGGACGUGGAAGGGGCGGUUACCCAACAGAAGCACCAAGAGGCAGGUUUGGUGCCCGUGGGUCUGGCAGAGGAAACCAGGAUGGAGGUGACUACAGGCCGAGAGGUAACGGUUACUACCGCGGUGGCCGCUAAGGAGCAAAAAAAAAAAGAAUCUCUUAUAAGUUUUAGUGCAACCAAAGAAUGAAUGUUGCAAAAGAAAAGCUUCGGUUCUUCUUCCUCCUUAAUCUACCGAAGAUGUUGUUUGUAAUAUUUGUUUUUCUUGGUUGGGUUUGGUUUUUGGCUCAAGGAAACAAAGAUUUUGGGUUUAUAUAUGUUUUUUCUUAAAUUUUUUUUUAGCCAGAAUUAGCCAGUUAGGGCUUUUGACUGUUACCCUCCCUUUGGGAACGGGUUUAGUUGUGUAACAUUUCAAUUUUUGAUUUCCCUUUUAUUUUACUCUGGAUUAAAUUACAAACUUCAAUGUAUUGUUAGUUGUGUUCCA